CUGAAACAGCAGUAUAAAAUCUAAAGCUUAACAACAAAAAAUAAUAAUAAAAAAAAAUUAAAAUCUCAGAAACACAAAAGUCUGAAAUUUUACAAAUUCAAGUUUUUAUUCUGUCUCAUCUGGUUUUAGAGAGAGAGAGAGAGAGAGAGGAAGGAGGAAGAAGAAGAUGAGGGAGAAUCACUGGGUGGGUUUGGCUCUGUUUAUGCUCUGCAUUGUUGGGUUUAAGCCAAGUCUCAUCCUUGCAGCCACUAAUGCAUCUGACACUUCGGCGUUAAACUUCAUGUUCAGCGCCAUGAACUCUCCAGGACAGCUGUCACAAUGGACAUCAUCAUCAGGAGGUGAUCCUUGUGAACAAAACUGGAAAGGCAUUACAUGCUUUGGCUCACGAGUUACUCAAAUAAAGUUAUCAGGUCUUGGCCUCUCUGGAUCACUAGGCUACGCGCUUGAUAAUUUGACUUCUGUUACUGAGCUUGAUCUAAGCAACAAUAACCUUGGAGGGGACUUGCCGUAUCAGCUUCCUCCAAAUCUGGAGAGAUUGAAUCUUGCUAGUAACCAGUUCACUGGAUCUGCUCCGUAUUCUGUUUCUCAAAUGACACCUCUCAAGUACCUCAAUCUUGCUCACAACCAGCUUAAGCAGCAGUCUAUUGAUUUCACCAAACUCACCUCCCUCUCUAUCUUGGACCUCUCUUCCAAUACCAUCACAGGCUCUCUUCCAAACUCAAUGAGCUCUCUUACAAGUGCAAAGUCAAUUUAUCUUCAGAACAAUCAGUUCUCAGGCACCAUUGAUGUCUUAGCCACCCUUCCUCUCGAAAAUUUGAACAUUGCAAACAAUCAGUUCACAGGCUGGAUCCCUGAUUCUUUGAAAGGCAUUAACUUGCAAAAAGAUGGCAAUCCACUCAGUUCCGGGCCUGCACCUCCACCACCUCCUGGCACACCUCCCAUCCAUAGAUCACCUAAUCCUAAAUCCGGUAAAGGAGGAUCCAGCAGUAACAAUGGUGAUUCCAGCAGUAGCAGCAAUAGUGAUUCCAGCAAAUCAGGGAUUGGAGCUGGUGGCAUAGCAGGAAUAGUCAUCUCAUUGUUAGUUGUAACAGCAGUGGUAGCUUUCUUCUUGAUCAAGAAGAGAAGAUCAAAGAAGACAUCCUCCACAGACAUUGAAAGGACUGAUAACAUUAACCAACCUCAACCCUUCACCCUCGCUUCAAACGACCUUCAUCAAGAGAGUAAAGCUAUACAGAAUCCACCAUUAGUUGAGACAAAGAAACUGGACACUUCAUUGUCGAUGAACCUACGCCCUCCACCAGCUGAGAGACACAAGUCAUUUGAUGAAGAUGAUUCAACACCGAGAAAGCCUAUUGUUACAAAGAAACCUGCUGUUGUCCUUCCUUCAAAUGUGGAGGCCUAUACGGUUGCAGAUCUUCAAACAGCUACCAAUAGUUUCAGCGUCGAUAACCUUCUCGGUGAAGGGACUUUCGGAAGAGUGUACAGAGCUCAGUUUGAUGAUAGAAAGGUACUUGCUGUGAAGAAGAUAGACUCGUCUGCGCUUCCCACUGACACGGCGGCUGAUGAUUUUACGGAGAUAGUAUCGAAAAUUGCGUGUUUGGAUCAUGAGAACGUGACGAAGCUUGAUGGUUACUGUUGUGAACAUGGACAGCACUUGGUGAUCUACGAGUUUUAUAGAAACGGCUCGUUGCAUGACUUUUUGCAUCUUUCGGAAGAGGAAAGCAAGCCGUUGAUAUGGAACCCUCGUGUGAAGAUCGCUCUUGGCACUGCACGUGCAUUGGAGUACUUGCAUGAAGUUUGCUCACCAUCUAUAGUCCACAAGAACAUCAAAUCGGCAAAUAUUUUACUUGACUCAGAGCUGAAUCCUCACCUCUCAGACGCUGGUCUCGCUAGCUUCCUCCCUACUGCGAAUGAGCUACUGAACCAAAACGAUGAAGGGUACAACGCACCAGAAGUUUCAAUGUCAGGCCAAUACUCACUGAAGAGCGAUGUGUACAGUUUUGGAGUAGUGAUGCUUGAGCUUUUAACCGGAAGAAAACCAUUUGACAGCACAAGGUCAAGAUCUGAACAGUCAUUGGUGAGAUGGGCAACACCUCAGCUUCAUGACAUUGAUGCAUUGGGGAAAAUGGUUGAUCCAGCUCUCAAAGGGCUUUACCCUGUCAAAUCUCUAUCUCGAUUUGCAGAUGUUAUUGCACUUUGCGUUCAGCCGGAGCCAGAGUUUAGACCACCUAUGUCUGAAGUGGUGCAGGCGUUGGUUGUGUUGGUGCAGAGAGCUAACAUGAGCAAGAGAACAGUCGGAGUCGGGUCUGGUAGCUCUGGGGCUAAUGAUUACAUGUAAAUUCUUUACCUGAGAGACCAAAACCAAACAAAAAUCUUUGCCUUUUUUUUCCUCUGGUCUGCUCAGGCGGACAAGAACAAGUGACAAGAGGCAGAGAAUCAACUAAACAAAAGUUUUUUUUUCUGUUCUUCAUAAAACUGAGAGAAUAACAACAAACUUUACGCAUUGUAUAAUCCCAUGUUCCCUUGUAACAUGUCCCCAGUUUGUAGUUAGAUUCCGACAACAUGAACAAAACCAUCCCCUUUUAUGAGUUCAGAACCAAUACUGUCUUUUCCUU